CAGGCAGAGCGGGUAGGCGGGUCGCCGGUUGUGAACCCAUGUGGCGGGUGUUGUGGACCCUAGUAGGUCGGGCCGCACGUGGGCCUCGCAGAUCGUGCACGCGCCAGGGCAGCGGCGCCCUGGCCCCCGGUUCCGGGGCCACUAUCUUCGCGCUGAGCUCCGGCCAAGGCCGCUGCGGCAUCGCGGUGAUCCGGACCAGCGGUCCCUCCAGCGGCCACGCCCUCCGGAGUCUCACGGCGCCCCGGGACUUGCCUCCGGCUCGCAGCGCCUGCCUGCGCCUGCUCAGCCACCCCCGUUCCGGGGAGCCGUUGGACCACGCGCUGGUGCUCUGGUUCCCAGGUCCCCAAAGUUUCACGGGUGAGGACUGCGCCGAGUUCCACGUGCACGGAGGCCCGGCGGUGGUGAGUGGCGUCCUGCAGGCCCUGGGCAGUGUGCCAGGGCUGCGGCCGGCUGAAGCUGGUGAGUUCACCAGGCGGGCAUUCGCUCACGGGAAGCUGAGCCUGACCGAGGUGGAGGGGCUAGCGGAUCUAAUUCAUGCAGAAACCGAGGCGCAGCGGCGGCAAGCGCUGAGGCAGCUGGACGGGGAACUGGGCCACCUCUGCCAUGGCUGGGCCAAGACUCUCACUAAGGCUCUGGCUCACGUGGAGGCCUAUAUCGACUUUGGUGAGGAUGACAACCUGGAGGAGGGCGUCCUGGAGCAAGCUGACAGCCAAGUGCGGGAGCUGGAGCUGGCACUGAGCGCACAUCUUCGAGAUGCCAGGCGCGGGCAGAGGCUUCGCUCAGGAGCGCACGUAGUGGUCGCAGGACCCCCCAACGCUGGCAAGAGCAGCCUGGUGAACGUACUCAGCCGGAAGCCUGUGUCCAUAGUGUCCCCGGAGCCGGGGACCACCCGCGACGUGCUGGAGACCCCCGUGGACCUGGCCGGGUUCCCGGCGCUGCUGAGCGACACGGCGGGCUUGCGCGAGGGCGUGGGGCCGGUGGAGCAGGAGGGCGUGCGGCGCGCCCGCGAGAGGCUGGAGCAGGCUGACCUCAUUCUGGCGGUGCUGGAUGCUUCUGACCUGGGCUCUCCGUCCAGCUGCAACUUCCUGGAUACCGUUGUCGCCCCCCCAGGCGCUGGGAGCCCCAGUGAGAACAGCGGGCGCCUCCUGCUGGUGCUGAACAAAUCGGACUUGCUGCCUCCAGGGGGCCCAGACCCCAGGCCCGACCUGCCCCCGCACUUGCUGCUGUCCUGCUUGACCGGAGAGGGUUUGGAUGGCCUCCUGGAGGCGUUGAGGAAGGAGCUGGCUGAAGUGUGUGGGGACCCGUCCACAGGCCCACCACUUCUGACGCGUGCAAGACACCAGCAUCAUCUCCAGGGCUGCCUGGAUGCCCUCCGCCACUACAAGCAGACAAAAGACCUAGCCCUGGCUGCUGAGGCGCUGCGACUCGCCCGGGGCCACCUGGGCCGCAUCACUGGCGGAGGCGGCACUGAGGAGGUCUUGGACAUCAUCUUCCGGGACUUCUGCGUGGGCAAGUGAGGGGACCACUGAAGCUCCCAGCCUGGCUGGGGGGGAGGGGCCAGAAGCCCUGAGGCAUGUGGGAAUAGCUUAGGCCGAGUGAGAAUCUCAUCCCCUGGGGGAAGAACUUGGCCCCAGGACGCUGAAGCAAAGUGCCACCUUCAGAGGUGGUGAGCUCCCUGUUGCUGGCUGUAGCUUAGUUCCCUGGCAGGGACAUGCUAGGGGUUCCAGUCCUGGAGUGGAGCUCCACGGAGGUCCCUUUGGGUUCCGAUGCUGGGGGAGUAGGAGUGGACGGUUGCGAUAGGGGUGGGAGGGCCUCAGGGAUCUUUGUUUUGCUGUUUUUAAUUUAUUUUGCAAAUACUAAAGGAAUAUAAAAAAAUUCAGGUGAUUCAGAAAUGCUUAAACAUGGAAAUCUCCCCCGUCCCAUCCCCUGGGGUCACAGUUUGUGUCCUUCCAGAAUUCUGUCUGCUGUUUUGCAUACUUGUGGAUACACCUAUAAAAUAUGUUUUGU